CGGUAGCGGCUUUUACACGGGCGUUGCGGAAAGAUCCACAGGUCACGGUGCACGCGUUAGAAAUGCUUCUUACGUAUAUGGUUACUAGGGCGUCGCUGAAGGUCUUUCUCAACGAGUCACGUGAUGCACAGACCGCCGCGGCAACGGAAGAAUUCUCGGCAUAA